CAGAGUUGCGUUCGUCUUUUGUAACUAGUUUGUUGGACAAUGAUGUUAACUGUAUUAGUCAACUUAGGAUGGAUAGGAGAACAUUUGGUAUUUUAUGUCAGUUAUUACGCCAUGAUGGAUAUGUUAAAAGAGAUGGUACUGUUACAUUGGAAGAGCAAGUAUGCAUAUUUUUGCAUAUAAUUGCUCAUCAUACAAAGAACCGUACAAUUAUCACUAGAUUCAAUAGAUCGGGGGAAACAGUUAGUAGAUAUUUCAAUUCAGUGUUGAAUGGAGUGUUACGUUUACAUGGGACAUUGUUGAGGCAUCCUGAACCUGUGUCAGAUAAUUGUUCGGAUGAUAGAUGGAAAAUAUUUAAGAAUUGUUUGGGAGCAUUAGAUGGAACUUAUAUUAAGGUUAAUGUACCCGAAAUCGAUAAGCCGAGAUAUCGAACCAGGAAGGGUGAGAUAGCCACAAAUGUCUUAGGUGUAUGUAACCCAAAUAUGGAAUUCAUAUUUGUAUUACCUGGUUGGGAAGGUUCUGCUUCAGACUCAAGAGUACUUCGAGAUGCAUUAAGUAGGCCAAAUGGAUUAAAAGUACCCACCGGUAAGAGCAAUCCUUAA